AAGAAAGAUCCAACCACCAAAGAUGUUUAAACUUGUAGUGUUGAGCGCCUUCAUCGCUGGAUGCUGGGCAAUUGGCAUCCAAGCCCUCGAAAAUGGCAAGCCCUCUUUGUUCCUGGACUCCAGAAUUGUAGGCGGAAACCCUGUUGACAUUCAUAAUCACCCAUACCAACUGAGUCUUCAAACUUCCUCACAUAUUUGCGGCGCCUCUAUCAUCAGCCCCAAUUGGGUUGUAACAGCGGCUCACUGUGUCGGAAUGUCAGCUGACAGAUACAUCCUGAAAGCUGGUAGCAGCAACAAGGACCAAGGUACUAAAUACACGGUUAAGAGGAUCAUCAAACAUCCCCAAUACAACUCUCGAACUGUUGAUUACGAUAUCGCGCUUCUGGAGAUCAAUGGACAAUUCCAAUUCAGCAACAACGUGAAGGCAGUGAAAUUGGCAACAUCGGAACUCGCUGCUGGUACCUUGGUCGACGUCACUGGUUGGGGAGCACUUCAGCAAGGAGGACAGGUUUCAUCACAACUGAUGAAGGUGUCGGUGCCCAUCGUGAACAGGAAGCAGUGCCAGGAAGCUUACGGAUCGAGCUCCAUCACCGAGAGGAUGAUCUGCGCUGGAUACACCGCUGGUGGAAAAGACUCCUGCCAAGGUGACUCUGGUGGCCCCCUGGCACACCAAGGAACCCUCUAUGGUAUCGUGUCCUGGGGUUACGGUUGCGCUCAGCCUAAGCAUCCAGGUGUUUACUCCAACGUUGCUAACCUCCGCUCUUGGAUCAAACAAAACAGUGGAGUGUAAGCGUACAACGAGACCCGAAAACUUCUGUCAAUGAAAUUCUAUAAACAUGUCAUAUAUUGUAAAAUUUGGUAAAAC